AUGGACUCUAGUGUACCUGCUGCGGGUUCUCAGCAACCCGGGGGCUCCCUGCAACCACCUCUGCCUGGAACGGAUGUAGGGGGUUCAGGUGGGCCUACGGAGCAACAGUGGGCCAGCUGCGGCCCCAGCAGUGGUCUGGUGCCCCGGCGGGCGCCCGAGCAGAUCGUUGUGGGGGAGAUACGACAGAAUUUGGAUGACCUGAAGUCCUCUAUUCUCAGUUACUACAGCCGUUUGUACGCACAGCCAGGAAAAUCUAUCGAAGAAAGGCUCGACGCGCUGGCAGCACCGCCCUUCUCCAACACAGUGAGAACAGGGCGGUUACCGCCUGCGGACUUCACUCCCAGCCGUUCAAAGAAGCAACAACCAUUCACUGCAUUUCCGCCCCCCAACACAUGCUUUGACUUCCUUGAAGAAGAAGGAAAAGGUCCUGGUAAAGCUACAACGGAGACGGAUCCUUCUGCAGCACAGAAGACGUUUUACGGGAUUUCGCAGCUACCCGGCCAGAAGGCAGGCCCAGAUAUGAUGGGCUAUGACAAUUUGCUGGGGCGCAGCUUAGACGAGGCGCGUGGAGGCCAGAUAAACGAAUUAUUACAAGAUCUGCGGUCGAAGUGCACUGCUGCAUCCACAAGGCUGAAUACGAUAUCUGACCAGCUCGAGAGGGAGUGUGGAAAUCCUGACCUUCGCGAAUGGGAAUACACGACUUACCCACAGGUUCGCCGUCACCCGUAUCUUGGGCGGGACCCGGAGUUGAGGCGGCAUCUGUUGACCAUCUAUCGCGAACUUUGCCACCAGUCGCAAACAAACCAGUUGCGAAUCAGUGCAAUCAGGAGCAAGCUUAAAGUGUUGAACAUCAACACCCAGUCCGACAUGAUCAAGUUGAAGUCGGACCCACGAAUUGCAUUUUGA